UUCGACUAUAGUGAACCUGUUAAAAGAAUUCAUGACUCGCAAGGUUUACAUCUAUUCCAAUCAUCAAUUGCAUUAUAUGAACUACAGAAAUCAUUGACUACAAUAGUACAGCUUGUUGAAAAUAAAGAGGUCCCGAAUGGUGUGCUGAGUAAAGAACUUUUAUACACACAACAAGAAAUUGAUCAAUAUUCACAUGACCUCCAUGCUCCAGUACCCAUGUUUGAUCAAGAUUCAAGUACAGAUUCAACUUUUUUACAAAAAGUUUUAAAAGAGAAGCCAUACAUCAAAUCAUUAUUAGACCUUUUCCAUGAAAUGUCAGUUUUAAUAGAUCAUGUACCCCCAUUGGAAGGUCCAAGAAGAUAUGGGAAUUUAGCAUGUAGAGAAUGGCAUUCAAAAUUAGAAGAUCAAAUUGAUGAAAUGUUGGAGCGGUUGUUGAUUGGUCCAUAUUACAAAUUACCAAAUCCUCAAGGGUUUUUAAAUGAGUUGAAAUGGUAUAUCAUCAAUGCAUUUGGGUCCAAAGAAAGAUUAGAUUAUGGUACUGGACAUGAAUUGAAUUUCUUGGCAUUCAUUACAGGAUUAUGGAAAACUAAUGUUUUGAACCAAGAUGAGAUUGAUGGUUAUGAUUUCCUUAUAAUAUUUGGCAGAUAUUAUGAUUUGGUUAGAAAGUUGAUAACUUUGUACACUUUAGAGCCUGCAGGGAGUCAUGGUGUUUGGGGGCUUGAUGAUCAUUUCCAUAUUUCUUAUAUAUUGGGAUCUUCACAAUUCUUGAACAAUUCAUCAUCAUCUGCAUCAUCUGCAAAACAUUACCCAACUGUUUCACCAAAAAUGGUUAACAAUAAAUCAGUUGUUUACCAAUACAGUACCAAGAAUUUAUAUUUCAAUUCGAUUGCAUUUAUUUAUAAAGUUAAAAAAGGUGCAUUUUUCGAACAUUCUCCAAUUCUUUAUGAUAUUUCCAAUGUUAAAAGUUGGGAAAAGAUAUUAAAAGGGAUGUUAAAAAUGUACUCAGUUGAAGUCGUCAACAAGUUUCCUGUUGUUCAACAUUUUUAUUUUGGUAAUGUUUUAUUCCCAUGGAGAUCAUUGAAAAACAAUACACCAUUACCUGUUCAUACAAGUGAGGAAAAUUUAUCGGAAAAGACAAAUUAUUCAAAUGAUGAAUGGAAGGAUAAAAUAUCAUCUUCAUCACAUCAAUAUCAUCAAGUUCCAAUUGUAACUGCACCUUGG